AUGCGUAGUUUCAGAGCAGUAUCGAUGACACUAACAACAAUCCAGACAGCACAAAUGUUCGCUGGAGUUGCUAUUUCCGUAUACGUUUUGAAAAUCAAAACCGAUAACAUUUUACCUUGUCAGCAGUCGAUGAAGAAUUUAAUGCUUGGCGUUGUGCUGUAUGUCACAUUUGCGAUACUGUUCGUGCACUAUUUCGUAAAGCACUACUUGUCGCCGUCAGAAUCAAGAAGAAAACUGAAAAACCAGUAA